AUGUUCUACUGUAACUUCUUACCGCUGGUAGCGUAUCCACCUCCUCCGGAUGAAGCAUACGAUGGGGCUGGGGCGACUGCGUAUCCUCCUCCUGAGCUUCCACCUCCACCUCCUCCUCCGCAUCCUCCGCCUCCUCCGGAUGGGGCAACAGCGUAUCCACCUCCUCCGCUGGAUCCUCCUCCGCCGCAUCCACCUCCGCCGCCUCCGCCGCCUCCUCCUCCACAUCCUCCGGAGCUUCCUCCACCGCAUCCUCCUGAAGAUCCACCUCCGCAUCCUCCACCACCUCCUCCGCCGCAUCCUCCUGAGCUUCCUCCUCCACAUCCUCCGGAAGAUCCUCCUCCGCAUCCACCGCCUCCUCCUCCGCAUCCACCACCUCCUCCUCCGCAUCCUCCGCCUCCUCCUCCUCCGCAUCCACCGCCUCCUCCUCCGCAUCCUCCGCCUCCUCCUCCGCAUCCUCCGCCUCCACCUCCGCAUCCUCCGCCACCUCCGCCUCCGCAUCCUCCGCCUCCUCCGCCACAUCCUCCACCUCCUCCACCGCAUCCGCCGCCACCUCCUCCGCCGCAUGGAACUGGUGGUGGUGGUGGUGGAGCACAUCCCCCGCCACCUCCGCAUCCUCCACCUCCUCCUCCACAUCCUCCUCCGCCACCGCAGCCGCCUCCGCAGCCACCUCCGCAGCCUGAAACCAAAAGAUCAGAAUAUCAGAAUUAG